GUUGAAGUAGAUGCCCGACAAUGGGGGACCAUAUCCAUGAUUUUGUCAACUCAACUUGGAGAUUUUGUUCUUCUUUAGGUGGUUGGAUUUCGGGUUUAAUAUUGAAACCUUGCAAAAAAGUGGUUGGCAUAGUAUUUACUAGUUCUCUUUCUAGGUUGGCUGACGGAAAAGACAAUUGUUAUCCCGAGUUCAUGGAUGAAUGUAUAUAUAUUAGCUCAUCAGAUGAUGACCUUGAGGAGAUAGAAGAUCCAAAGAGGAGUCUCCCUCAAUGGGCUACUGCUGAAAGGAAUUCAGAUUAUGGUGGACGGCCAAGGCACGAUAGUUUUUCAAGAGGCGCAAGUACUUCAGGUGCUAGCUCUUCCAAUGUUAAUAAUAAUCAUUCCUAAAUCAAGCUUCGUGCUCAACCUGUAUCUAGCAAAAAUGGACCGAAUCAGAGAGUUGCACGUCGAGAAGAACCUUCAUAUCAUGCACAGAAUGGAAACACAAGUCAGUCAACUCAACAGGCUUUCAAGCGGGCUC